GCAUCAGAAUAUUUACUAUUGUUUAUAUAUUGACAGGGAUAAAAUUGUUAAAUAACUCGACUAGACUAUGCGAUAAGCGCAAAUCACAUACAAUAAGGAGAGACAACACGUACACAAAAUUGACCUGUCUCUUUCAUCUGUUUGCCUUCACAAACUUCAAAAACCAAGAAACAAAAUUUCCAACUGCUAGAACUUUAGAGAAUGGCGAAUGAAGACGAAAAAAAAUUAUUGUUUCGAAUGCAGCACAUAAUCCCGCGCGGUUUGUCAUCUCCAACCAUUUCAAAUAAUCCCAAUACAAAUAUAUCUUCAUCUUCUUCUCCUGAAGAAAUCGAGAUUCAAAUGACUUGGGGAAAAGUAGCAGCCAAAGUUUGGGGUCCUGCAAACGGUCGACCAGUCAUUGCUAUCCACGGUUGGUUAGACAACUCUGGGACAUUCGACACUUUAAUACCUCUUCUUCCAAAAGAUUUAAGGAUUGUCGCUGUAGACAUCCCAGGUCACGGACUUAGUGAUCACUUCCCACCCGACAUCGCUUAUAAUUAUAUCGACACUCUUGUGGCGGUGGAAAGAUUAAUGAAACGUUUUCAAUGGCAAAAGGUUUCCUUUCUAGUCCACAGUUUGGGUGGCGCGACAGCGAUGCUUUACGCAGGAGUGUUUCCAGAGAAAGUGGAAAAAGUUGUCUGCUUGGAUAUCAUCCGUGCUACACCAACGAUUCCGGCAACCGUCGAUGUACGUUUGCGCAAAACGAUCGGAAAGUUACUCAAGUACGAAGACGCCAUCAUCUCUGGACCGGAACAACCCAUAAGCUACGAGUCAGCAGUGGAGCGAUGGGUUAGUGGUACGUUCGGCUCGCUCGAUGACAAAGCCUGUCGAAUCCUGUGUAAGAGAGGCUUGAAAAAAUUCGAGGAUGGCUACGUUUUCAGUCGGGAUCGACGUAUUCUCGCGGCCCCAUUGGCUUUUAUUCCCAAGGAAGAUCAAGUUAUUUUAGCGCGUAAAGUCACGGCCGAUGUUCUGAUCAUUAAAUUCAGCGAAGGUCCGUAUUACGAACCCGCAGAGAACUACCGAGAACAUGUCGAAGCUCUUCGAACUCAAUCAAAAUGUGUCCGCUACGUCGAAAUGGAAGGGAAACAUCACACACAUUUGACGCAUCCGGAGCUUGUUGCUCCAAUUAUCAACGAAUUUCUAAAUUUUCAGAGUUCAGUCUAAGAUUCAUGAAAUUUAAAAACCGGUACGUUUUCUAACAAUUCGGGUUUCUAUAUUUCUCCCUUCUCUUCUUCAAGGAUUUCUGAUUUUGUGCACUAGUGUACCGUCAACUAUGAUGCUGCUAGUGUAAAUUACCGAUUCAGACUCGGAAAUAUAUACUGGAAUGUAUAACGAA